CCACGUGUUUCUCACGUCGUGGUCGUAACCUGUUUUAAUCUCUUUCUUCAGCGUUACGAAGCCGAGUUGUGAUUGUACUUUUAUAACUUUAGAAUUGAAAGCACUCGUCCAAAAGAAACUUUCUCCGGGGCAUUCUGCGCCAACAAUGUUCUCUGUUUUUUUCAAAUAAUUAAUUUAACUCCGGAAUAAUCAAGAUGUUAACUAAAAAUUUAUCAUUUUUCUGUGAACGAAAUCAGAGAUAUGAGCAGAGAUUUUCAUCUUUUGUAGAAGAAUGUAAUAAACUUGAACCUGACAAAAUUUUGGAAAUAUUAAGUGAAUUUUUGAUGCAACCAGAGUGCACAAAAGAUGUUGCUGACUGUUUUCCAGAAUUGUUACCAGCGCUUGUUUCUGUAGCGAUACCUGCAGUUGACGUACAAUCGUCAGCAUUAACGGACAAGGACAAGGUUCAUAGAUUAAACUGUGUCAUAUUAGGAAAGCUGGUUAAUAUUAAUCAAGAUUUACUAGUGUUUGUCUUACGUUACUUUGAUAAUAACCUAGCUCCAUUCGAACAUCUCGACAACUCUCUUGAUACAGUUCCACCUCCAAAGAAACAAAACAGAAGAAAAUUUUCAUGUAUCUUAGAAGUAUCUGACUAUGACAUUGCUAUCGCAUGUCACAAUAUCUUGCAGUCUGCUACUAGCCAUUUUAAGCAAAAAUGGCAUUGGUCUGCAUUUUACAAGUAUUUAACAAAUGCAGAUGACAGGGUGAAAUGGAUCGCCUUAAAAUGUAUAGCUAUAGUUUUGAACAUGUCUGAAUCAACAAAACUGUUGCGGGCACAAACAAUCAUUCCAAAUUUUGAAAAAUUUAAAUUAAAAUUUUUAAUUGACCAUGAAGACAAAGGCAUAGAUACUAGCAUUGCCUGUGCCAGCUUUGAGUCAACGGAGGACACAGUUAAAAAUAUCCCAUCUAUCGUAUCUGUUGGUGGCAUUUUAUUGCCCACUCUCGGCAGGAAUAAAAGCACCCACAAUUUAGUCGCGGUUUCUUCCACGAAGAAAAAUCUGCAAAGUCUGGCCAUAGCCGUUGGCUCCAGGAAAUGUAUCUGCCUGCAAGGACCAGUUGGUUGCGGUAAGACGGCUCUGGUGGAGUAUUUAGCCAGAAUCACUGGACAUGAUACGUCGAACUUCGUUAAAGUGCAGUUGGGCGAUCAGACCGACUCGAAGAUGCUGCUGGGAAUGUACAGGUGUACCGACGUGCCUGGCGAAUUUGUUUGGCAACCGGGUGUCCUCACACAGGCGGUUGUCUCUGGCAAAUGGCUACUCUUAGAGGACGUGGAUAGCGCUGCCCUUGAUGUAGCCAGCGUUUUGAGCAAUCUGGUGGAAACUGGAACACUCAGCGUACCCGGCUAUCGCGAUACCAUUUAUACCAACAGCGGUUUCCAGUUAUUCGUUACUCAGCGAUUGAUGAUGUCCACAACGGGCAUUCAAAAACAUGUCACAGGAGCAUCAAGUUUGUUGCAAAAGCAUUGGCUGUGCCUAAACGUGGAACCUCUGUCCAAGGACGAAUUAGUGACUGUGGUCCAAACACUGUUUCCAGUAUUGAGCACUAUUGCUACUAAAAUAGUAGAUGUAUUCUUGUUGUUCUCCGCAGGAGAUCACGACGGUGAAAGUAACGCAAGUGAUGCUAUACUAUCACUGAAGAUUGGACGACAAACGUCGACGCGAGAUUUAAUAAAAUGGUGUUCCAGAGCUGUCAUCGAUUACAGAGUUUCAUCGUCAGAUUCUCUAUUCAAAAUAUUUCAGGAUGCUGUAGACGUCUUUUGCUGUUCGGUGCCUAAUCAAGAGCAACGAUUAAAUUUGGCGAUGGCGGUAGCUCCUAAACUUGGCAUUGUAAUGACGAAGCCGAAGCACUUUUGUAACAUGUUUCGCAAACCGGAUAUAGACCUACGUCCCAAGCUUCUGAUAGCGGGCAGGGCGAAGUUAACACGUAAAAAAGCGCAAUACGCGAGAAUAGAUGUAGAAAAGAUCAAUUUCUCUUUUACAAUGCCUUCUGCCUGUUUGUUGGAGCGCAUAGCUAGUUGCGUCAUACAAAAAGAGCCCGUGCUGCUGGUCGGCGAGACUGGUACCGGAAAAACGAGUUCGAUACAAUACCUCGCGAAGAGUACAGGCCACAGAUUGACAAUCAUAAAUAUGAAUCAGCAGAGCGAGAGUGCGGAUUUACUAGGUGGCUACAAACCGGUCGAUCUGAAGUUCCUGAUUUCGCCCAUCCGAGAGGAGUUUGAGAUCCUAUUUCGCUCUUACUUCGUCAUCGAGUCAAACAGGAAGUUUCUUGAACACAUUGCUCUGUGUCACAAGCAGCAGAAGUGGAAGAAUCUUGUUGCUUUGAUGAGUCACAGUGCGCGCGCUGCUGUGAAGAGAUUGAAAGAUAAAUGUGGGGACCUUGAUGACAUCGCGUUCAAGAAAGACUCUUUGAAACGUUCCAAACAAGACAAGACUCGAGAGAAAUCCGAUCAGGAUAUCCAGACUGAUAUAAAUCUACUGAGAAAGUGGGAAAAAUUACUGGAGAAACUGGACAAGCUGGGAACUCAGGUGAGGAGUCAAUAUGCACUGGCAUUCUCCUUUAUAGAGGGGAGUCUGGUCAGGGCUUUGCGAAACGGUUAUUGGGUUCUUUUGGAUGAGAUCAAUCUGGCGAACGCGGAGACACUAGAAUGUCUUUCCGGUUUGUUGGAAGGCUCCUCGGAGUCUCUGCCGUUAUUGGAGCGCGGUGAUGGAGAAUCCGUGACAAGACAUUCCGACUUCACGGUGUUCGCCUGCAUGAAUCCGGCCACAGAUGUCGGCAAGAGAGAUUUACCGGUCGGUUUGAGGAACAGAUUCACCGAGUUCUACAUCGACGAGCUGACCGGGCAAUCGGAUCUUCAGUUGCUCGUGAGCUCUUAUCUGGCAGAAUUAAAUCUGUCGCUAGAGAAGCACAAAUCGAUCGUGAAGUUCUACCUGAACGUGAGAGAGGAAACUAUGACCACGUUGUUCGACGGCACGGCGCAUAAACCGCAUUACAGUUUGAGAACGUUGUGUCGCGCAUUGUACAUUUCCGCGUCGAAUCCCUGUGGCAAUAACCUGAGAUCCCUGUACGAAGCCUUCUCUUUGAGUUUCCUGACGCAGCUGGAUUAUAACUCGUAUCCGAAAGUACAGAAAUUGAUCGCGGAAGCUAUCCUCGAUAACAAGAGCGCCAAAGCAAUUCUUGGCACUCCUAUACCGAAACCGGGAUGCAGUCCAGGAGAAGAAUAUUUGUACAUCGAAGGAUAUUGGGUCCUGCAAGGAAGCUUAACGCCUGAAACACCUAGCAACUAUAUAUUGACUGAUUCCGUCAGGAGAAAUUUGAAAGACUUGGUACGAGUCGUGUCGAUCGGAAAAAUUCCAGUUUUGCUACAAGGCGACACGUCAGUCGGCAAGACCAGUUUAAUUACCUAUCUGGCGAAGACCACGGGACAUGUCUGCGUCCGUAUAAACAAUCACGAGCACACAGAUUUGCAGGAAUACGUUGGAAGUUACAUCGCGGACGAGACCGGAAAGCUGGUGUUCAAGGAAGGUGUCCUAGUUGACGCGAUGCGUAAAGGAUACUGGAUUAUUUUGGACGAGUUAAAUUUAGCCCCGAGCGACGUUCUGGAAGCUUUGAAUCGCGUCCUCGACGAUAACAGGGAAUUAUUCAUACCUGAGACGCAACAGGUAGUAAAAGCGCAUGAUCAUUUUAUGCUGUUUGCGACGCAAAAUCCUCCUGGGGUCUACGGCGGCCGAAAAGUUUUGUCACGAGCGUUCAGGAACCGAUUUGUAGAAUUGCACUUCGACGAAAUACCGCCAAACGAGUUGCAGAUAAUACUCAAUCAGAGAUGCAGUAUGCCAGAGUCAUACUGCAAACAAAUAAUCAACGUAAUGACGGAUCUCCAAAUAAGACGUAAAAGUACGUCGACUUUUGCUGGUAAAAAGGGAUUUAUAACUCUGCGAGAUCUAUUUCGUUGGGGUGAGAGGUACAGAUUAGCGCCCGACGUAGGCGAGAAACUGUAUGAUUGGAGUCAACAUCUGGCGGACGAAGGCUACCUCGUUCUCGCGGCUAAGGUCCGUAAAGCGGAAGAAGCGGACGAAAUAAGACAAGUGAUACGAAAACACUUGAAGAGGGACGUGGACCCUGACAGCUUGUUCACACUGAACGAUAAGACUUCGCCAGUAACGAGGCAUAUAUUGGAAGAACUGAAGAACAGUAUUCCUGGCUUUGACCAUAUCGUAUGGACUUAUCACAUGCGUCGAAUGGCGGUUCUGGUAAAGAAAUCCUGUCAGUUUAAGGAACCGGUGUUACUGGUUGGAGAAACCGGUGGAGGCAAAACCACAGUCUGCCAGUUGAUCGCAGCCAUCAAUGGCCAAGCUAUGCGCGGUGUGAAUUGCCAUAUGCAUACCGAAUCGUCCGAUUUUCUGGGAAAUCUGCGACCUGUUCGUGAGCACGCCAAGGAUGAUCAGAGGCUCUUCGAGUGGGUGGAUGGACCGUUGAUAAAUGCCAUGCGUAACGGCGACCUGUUUUUGGCUGACGAAAUUUCAUUAGCCGACGAUAGCGUUUUGGAACGAUUAAACUCACUUUUAGAGCCGGAGCGUAGUCUUCUACUGGCUGAAAAAGGAAUAGAGUCUUCGCACGGUGAAGAGAACACUGUGAUUGUGGCGGACGAGAAAUUUGUGUUCGUCGGCACGAUGAAUCCCGGCGGUGAUUACGGCAAGAAGGAGCUUUCGCCGGCCUUGCGAAAUCGCUUCACUGAAGUGUGGUGCGAGGGAUGUAUGGCCAGGAGCGAUCUACGCGAUAUAAUAACACAUAAUCUUCGCAUCGAUUCGGAAACAACGAGAGAGUCCGUCGCCACUGCGAUAUUGAGAUUCACUGAAUGGUUACAAACUACCGAAGUAGGCAAGAAGCUUACUGCGAGUAUACGAGAUGUACUCACCUGGAUCGAUUUUAUAAAUGUAUCUACUGCCGGCACCUUGACAGUCGGAGAUGCAUAUUAUCACGGCGCUUGUCUCACGUAUAUUGAUAGUCUUGGAUCUGGUACCACGGGUUCGGAGAGUUCCAGUAAAUUGACAGAUUUUACAGAGACUGCUUUUCAAUUUAUCAAGUCGGAAGUCGAAGAUACGAUACAAUCGGAAUUUGAUGUGGAAACUACUUCUAUGAUAAACAAAAAUGACGUUAUAGAUACUUCAGACGUAUUCGGGGUGCCACCAUUUUAUGUUAAAAAAGGCCCGCAUAUCUCUUGUGAAACUCAUGCAUUUACAUUCACAACUCCAAUUACGAAACUGAAUACGUUGAAAUUGCUAAGAGCAUUACAAUUAAAUAAGCCGAUUCUUCUGGAAGGAAGUCCAGGUGUAGGAAAAACUAGUCUGGUUUCCGCACUCGCGAAAGCCGCAGGGCGUACUUUGCUCAGAAUUAAUUUAAGCGACCAAACGGACGUAUCCGACUUGUUUGGCGCCGAUCUUCCCGUAGAAAACGGGAAAGGCGGUGAGUUCGCAUGGCGGGAUGGUCCAUUUUUGCGAGCUUUGCGUGCCGGAUAUUGGAUUCUGCUUGAUGAGUUAAACCUGGCAUCGCAAUCGGUCCUAGAAGGCCUUAAUGCAUGCUUCGAUCACAGGGGAGAGAUAUACAUCCCCGAACUAGGGAAGACAUUUUCAGUCAAACCUGGUACAAGAUUGUUCGGUUGUCAAAAUCCCUUGCGGCAAGGUGGAGGUAGACGAGGCUUACCGAGAUCUUUUUUAAAUAGAUUUACUCAGGUAUCCAUAGAUGCAUUAAUGCAAGACGACUUGAUGUUUAUACUUGGUGUGCAAUUUCCACAACUUCCUGUGGAAUUGAUCAAUGCCAUGGUGCGAUUUAAUAGCGAAUUAGCGUCGGAAGCUGGCAUCGUAUGGGGACAUGCCGGGUCCCCAUGGGAAAUGAAUCUACGAGAUCUUACUCGAUGGUGUGAAACGAUUAUCGAAGCCGCUUCUAACGAAUUUCGCAGUAAUAAUUUAGAGUAUAAUCCAGGUGACAGCGUGGAGCUCAUUUAUGUUAACAGAAUGAGGACUAAUGAAGAUCGACAAAAGGUUUAUCAGGUAUAUAAAAAUAUAUUCUUAGAGAGCUAUCCUCUCCCACUCAAUCAACUACCUAUGUACCUCACGGAAGACAAACUUUUCAUCGGCGACGUGACGUUAAGCCGAAAAAAUUGCAGUGAACCACAGGACUUUAACUUGUUAGUGCUGAGAGAACAGAAAAAGACAUUGAGGAGUCUCAUGCAGUGUGUCAAAAUGAAUUGGAUGUCUAUUCUUGUUGGUGCUUCGGGGUGCGGGAAAAGCAGUGUGGUUCGUUUACUUGCCGCUUUGACAGGCCAGAAGCUGAGAUCAAUUGCCGUGAAUUCUGCGAUGGACACGACGGAGAUAUUAGGUGGCUUCGAACAGACGGAUUAUAAUCGGCAUCUUGAACAACUAUUUGGGCGCGUAACGACUUUACUUAUCGAGAGUCUGCAAACUUUAGCUAUCGACAAUUUGGGGCAAGUUGCCGAACUUCACAAACGUCUGGAGCAAGUACGAGACUUAUUCGAUGAAAACGUCGCCGGCGGAACAAUGGCCGAGGAGACCGAGCGAUUCUUACGUAAAAUCAAGGAACUGUCGAACGUGGUGUCGGCGAUGGAGCUUCGUGAGCCAUCCCGCGAAUCGGAGCUAAGAGAUAUCGAGUCGAGGCUGAGCAACUUGAGGAUUCUCGUCGAGCAGGAUAAAUGCCUGAAUGCCGGCGGAAAGUUCGAAUGGGUGGACAGUGUGUUAGUAAAGUGCUUACAAGACGGUACUUGGCUGCUCAUCGACCAGGUUAAUCUGUGUAGCCCGGCUGUAUUAGACAGACUUAAUGGACUGUUAGAGCCGAACGGUGUUCUCAGUAUCGGCGAACGAGGAGUUGAUAGCGAAGGCAAUGUCAUUACCAUCAAACCGCACGAAAAUUUUCGCUUAUUUCUAACCAUGGAUCCCCGAUACGGCGAAAUUUCCAGGGCCAUGCGUAACAGAGGCGUCGAGAUUUACAUGCUCGGCUCGAAGGAGAACGUCAACGAGGAUGUAAUCGAUUUCAAGUCGCUGUUACUUAACGCCGGCAUUACGAAGUCCGCGCAUCGCGACGCACUGCUCGAGAUUUACGACAGAAUGUCGGAGGAGAUCGUCGCCGUGGACCGAUUCAGCGCGAUCGAUUUGCUGCACACCGCGUUCUUGGUGAAGCAACGGUCGCUGCGCGGAUUCCCCGCGGAGCAAUCGAUCAGGAACGCGUGUAUCGACGUCUACGUGAAGUCUAGAUCGUCGCGAGAUCCGCGUUUCAAAGACCAUCUGACUUCCCUGAUCGAUGAAAUUGUUGAGCGACAUGUCGCGCGCGAUGAUGAAGAGAUGUCGAUGAUCGAUUUGGAUGCCGCCACGUGGAGCGUGAAGAAUCUGCAAGACAAUUCGAGACUCGUUAGGAUCAGGCAACAAGGCUUACUAUUGAACGCUGCUGUUAACAUGUACAAAUCAUCCCUAAAAUCUGAUUCGGGAAAUAUCGAAAGAGAUAUUGUUACGACGAAGUUGUUGAACGACUUCUGCGGUCUUAAAGAGGAUGAAAAGUUGGACGUUGACGUUGCUGACGUAUUGCCGUAUCUCCUCUUGAAUUUUUACGAGCAAUCCUCGCAAGACGACGCGCCACUCAGGAAGGAAUGGAUCUCGAAGAUGUUGCGAGGAGACGCGAUACUUGACGAUCUUGAGGAGAAGAACGCGCUAUGGGCGAAAAUAAUCGCAGAUUUUUGUUUCGAAUCUGCAAACGCGAGAAGUUCGUUACCCUGGGAUCUAUGGCAGCUCGUUGGAAAGGAUCCUUCCAUCGGAGGACUUAGCGACGCGAAUAAAUUGUUACUGUUGCUAUAUGCAUUCGGUAUGAUUCUAAAAAGUGAUACAUCGCAAAAGAAGACGGAGAUGUUGGAGAACAAAGACUUGAUAUCCGUGAAACUAUACUCUAGCGUUGUAAAUGACGGUAAGCUACUUUCGCAAUUGAAAAACCAACCGCUCAUAACGUGCUUCGUGCAAUUCCUUGAACAAGCGCAUUCUUGCAUCAAAGCGAUUUUACAAGAUGUAAAGGUAAAUGUCGACAGUUACGUCGAAUGGAGAGCAGGGUUGAGAUGGUUCGCGAGAUUUGAAAGACUGGGCGAAAUUACGCUCAUAGAUAAGUCAAAAAAGUCUAAAGACGUGGUCACAAAUUUGGAACAGACUUCUCUGUUACUAAGAGUGCAUUAUAAAUGGCUACUGAAGUUCCUACGUAAACUACUCCUGAGAGCCAAAGAAUAUUUGAGCGUAGAAACCAUGAGCGUAGUAGUCAAACGGCUGAGGGAGAUUAUAAGCCCCAUAAACAACCAACUGGAAUCGAUAUACGAUCCUGUCAGGAAGAUAUCGAAAAGAAUCAAGAAAGAAUUGACCCUCCCACCGCCUCAUUCCACGAAGAUCAGCAUGGAAGUGCACUCGGAACUAAUGAGGAUAACGAGGGACUUCGAUGUGAGAGACGAAGGAGGCAGCACCCUGAAACAAAAAUUGAAGAUUAUAUCCGCGCAGUUUGAGAACACGCUGGCGAUGAGACAGCAAACGAUUUCCUUGUGGAGCGACAUUUACUCCAGGAAGUCGAGCGACGGAACGACGUUGCAAACCGUUAACGAGGUAGAAAACUUCUGCAAAGAGAGCCACAUUCGUCUGCGAGGUCCUACGGAAGUCGAGGAUAUUCUGAACAAAGUACGCUCUCUUCCAAAAGAGGAAAUGACGCAGCUGAACACGAGGACACAGUUGUGGCCAAUUUACGAGUACGUGUUUCUGUCGCUCGCCUGUACUCUGCAAGGAGAAAUGUGUCGGAAAGCAACGAUUUCCGGUGUCGCUUUGGCCAAAUGUCUUGCGAGAUUCGCGGAUGUGGCCAGUAUACCGAGCGAUCAUAUCGCUUUGGCCGAAUGUCUUGCGAGAUUCGCGGAUGUGGCCAGUAUACCGAGCGAUCUGAUGGGCUUGUUGAGCGCGAUAGCUCGAAAGGAAGUCGUGCAAGGAUCAGAACUCUUGUUGCUGCCGGAACUGUUCCGCUGUCUCGAACAGUUUGUUCAACGUUCUUACGCUUUUAAGGAUUCGAGCCGCCUUUUGCACUGGCGCGGUAUAACGGAGGAAGAUAUAGAGACAUCGGUAACUUCCUACACCGAAUCCAAGAGGGAAUUUAUAUACGUCGGUGGACCCGUUCUCUUGAAACUAGUACUGCAAUUAAUGUUGAAUAAAACAAACCAAGAAGAAGAGAAUAAUGUUUUUUCCACAAUCACGCUCGGAACAUAUGCGGCGCAAGUGAAUCAGCUGCAACUACUUAAUGAGAUUUUGUGGCGCAAUAGUAUCUCGUUAACAAACUCCCGACGCGAUUCAAGCCGUAGCGAUUUAGCAACAUUAACGUUUUACUUGCACUUAUAUGUAUCCAAAUUUCCGGUCGACAAAUCAAAACUGUAUGAGAUACUUGGAAUCUCGAUUGACGCCGACGGAAAGAAUCUUAACCGGAAUCCUGAAAUCGACCUGAUUAGAGUCGAUAUAAAAAAUUGCGAAGACAUGGAGCGUAGGUUGACGAGCGAUUAUCUCGAGCCGAAGGAAGAAUUGAACAAAGCGUAUGACAAAAUAAAGAUUAUGAAUGAGGAGACGGUCCUUCAAGAAAAAGACACGCUUCAACGGGGAAGAGCGUGGAUGAUACUCGGUUACAUGCAAUUGUUACUUUUUGGAAAUUUGGAUCUUAUCGAUCCCGUGCAUAAAGUGGAAUUGAAAUUCAAGUAUCUGGAGGAGGACAUCGCCGAUUGCAAAAAGACGAUAUACGUUACAACGUUGCAGGAUCGUAUUCUGGGUAUAUCACCGGUGAUGGAUGAGCGAAUCCAUCCGAGAUCAGCAUUCACAAGCACCUACAAGAACGAGAAGUUCUUGUUGAGGGAUAAUCUCAGCUGUCUGAGAGCGUUCAGGCCACCGCCCGUCAAAUUUGCCUCGCUCAGCAAAGACUGCGCCGAUUUCAGGAACGGAGUAGGUUCCUACACGAAGGUGAAGAAAUACAUGAACAACCUGUGUGAUAUCGGAACCAAGAUCAUUGAAAAAAAACGCGUGGAAUCAGAUGAUCGUGUUUUGCGAGAAGCGGAAAACUGGAGCUUAUCAGUGCAAGGGUUCGCCGAGCGGAUCGAGACGAAUUAUCUGUCAGAUUAUCCGGACGUGAUUUCUCCAUUACUGACUGCGCUGGCGCAGUUAAAUCACGGCGUUUCCAUACUGAUCAACGAAAUCCGACGACUGAUAUCUUUGUAUAAAACCGAUGACGCGGAUUUCGAGCGUAUGAUGAAUUUGAUCAAGUUUCCGACGAUCGGCGGGUCGUCGGUCGCUGAUCUUUCACGUCUAAGUAGAUUAUGCGUUUCCGAGAGCGUAAGGAAUCUCAUCGGCGAGUAUUCGUCUUCCACAGAUACGUUCGUUAAAAUGCGGGAGCAGUUCCGGAUAUUGAAGUCGGGUUUGCACGAACUACGUAAUUACGUAAUUGUCAACAGAGGUCUGACUAGAUCAGAGUGGCGAGACAUGAAUAAGCUGCUGCAACAGAUAGUUCUGAUCUGGAAGCAGCAGCAGCAAGAGGAAGAGAAACGGGCCGCGGAGAAAGACAGCUUGUACAAGAAUAAGAUCGAGAAUCACGGCGACACGUUGACGGAGAAGGAAGAGCUCGCUCUGGAAGUCCGCAAGUUGUUCCCAACGCACCGCGAAAAGGACUCCUUUGAUCGAAAGGAGAUCCAAUCAGACGAGACGGAAAUGAGCUUCACCGGUCUCGUCACCAAAGACGACAUCAGGGAGAUCCAGCAGAUCCACUCGAACAUCGUCACGUCUUACAUCGCCACCAAGUGGAUAUGCAACAGUUCUGCUGCGGCGAGUUCGACGAAUUACAUCGGGCCUCUGAUUCAAAGGUACAACGUGGUGUACGGGAUACUCGACAACAUUCUGCCGAGUUUAAGCGAAAAAUUUGCGGUCAAAUUGUACAACAGCUUCAACUUCCUGGUCACUUUGGGGUUGCAAGCGAGUCGAGAGAAGAGCGCGGAUCGGAAUUUGUUGGAGAACAUCGAAGGACAAAUGAGAGCAUACGAUUUCUACAAGGACUGCAACGUUGAGGAAGUGGAGAAGUGUCUACCAUUGUGCGAGAGUAUCCUGAAUCGUGUCGAUCAGCUGCUGCUGGAGGAGAGACCGGAACACCCCACUUUGAGAUCGAUACGAUGCAUAAUAGAAAGGAUCUACACGUUCUCGAUCACUUCACCUGUCUCCAUAUUUCUGACAGGUUUGGUGUUGCUGUUCGACGAGAUGCACAAAUUGAAGGAGAACGCGCAUAGCGGUGUCAUAAUCACGGACCUCAUGUCAGAGUUAACGCAGCGGAUAGAAUCCUGGAGGAAACUAGCGCUAAAAAGCUGGAAAGGUUGCCUCGAUACAACGUACAAGAAUCUCAGAUCGGAUACGUCCAAGUGGUGGUUCUUUUUGUACGCGCUGAUCGAAAGUUACGUUAUGAGACCCGAGAAAAAUAACGUCCAGCAAGCAAACGACGAGCCUAUCACCAGGCAAAAGUUGGUAGAAUCACUGGAGCGUUUCAUGAACGAGUCGUCCCUCGUCGAAUUCGAGUCGCGCUUGGAUCUCCUCUUGACGUUCCACUGUCACGUGUAUUACUUCGACGACAGCGACAACAAGAACGAGCUCUUGGCCGUAUUGUGGAACAUGUACAAUUAUUACAAGCAAUUCGUAGACGAUGUGAAUGCAAGGAUCGCCGCUUUGAAAGCGCCCAUCGAGAAGAAGCUGAAGGACUUCGUUGAGAUCGAGCUAUCUCAGCGAUCGAACGAUAUCAACUAUUCGGUUGUGAAGGAGAAGGUCGAAAAGACGCAUCGCAAACUGCAUGAAUACGUAAAGGAAUUUCAGAAUGCCCUGAAACAAAACGUGUCUUCUUGCUUGACUGUUAAGUCAGAAUCUUAUAGUACAGAGAUGAACAAGGGCAUCUGGGAUGAUGGAGAACAUCGUAGGCACGUGAUGAACCCUGAAGAUUUUAUUAUACCACCAGCUGUAAACGUGGAAGUACAGUUAAGUGGGCUUGUCAAAAGAACAGGGACAGCCAGGCGUCUAUGCAAAGAGAUAGUCCUGGCAAAUUCUUAUCCCCAGGUACGAGAAGAACUUGAAAAUUUCAUCGAAGAUUACAUGGAGCAGAGCGCGCGUCUUCGGAAUACGAACGUCAACAGAAGUUUACCGAAGAAUAAACAAAAGUCUGAAGCGAAGAGCUUUUUGCAUCAGAAGAAAAGUACGCUCUCCAAGUACUUCAAGACGUUGAAGACUCAGAUAGGCAUAUCCUAUCGCACUGGUAUACAGGCGUUGAAAAAUGACCCGGACAAGGUGAUAGACUUCACGGUGCCACCUUUGGAUCUGAGUAUAAUCGGCCAGUACUUUAAACUGAAUAAACCUGAUCAGGAUAUGCUGAUGCAGUGGAAAGGCUGCGAGAAGUAUUAUUAUAAAUCUCUCAUCAGGUUGAACGCUCUCAACGCGAUGCUCAGCACAAGCCAGACCGAUCUGGGGCUGCGGAACAUAGAAUGUUGCCGAGGAUAUUCCGCGCAUUUGAUGAUGAUGGCCCACAAGAAGAAGACGACCCUCGUCCAGACAUUCAAUUAUUUCUCGUUGCUUCGCGUACAGAUUUCGAGUCUGUCCGAAACGCACGAGCAGGAUCUGUACGGGGAGAAGCGGGAAAUAGGACAUGAAUGCGCGGAGCACCUGAAAACGUUGCUGAUUACGUUGGAAGUUGGAUUCGAGCAGCUGCUGCUGUUUCUGCAAUGCUGUCCCGCGAAAUCAUCAACGGAUCCGAACAGAGCGGCACUUACGUUGGACGCGAAUGCACUUCCUAUAAUCGCUGGCUCUCAAAAUGACGAAGUUUGGAAAAACGCGAACGCUCUGCUGAAGGAUAAUUUGAAUUCAGUAAGAGAUACCGCAAAACGUUUCCACGCCUUAUUCAUGCCACUUAAAAUCUUAUCGGAAAAUCAACCUAAAGCCAGCCAUAAUUUACCUUUAAGUUCGAAGAACUUUGAAUUCGUGAAGCAAUGUUGUGCGACAAUCGAAGUCCUAAGAGCGCGAACUAAGGAAUUAAAACGACUGUUUGAGCACAACUUGAACGUUGUACAUUCUAUCUGGGACAAUAUAGAGUCAUUAGACAAGAAAAUGGAAUCUUUCCUUUGUUGCGUCGAAAAAUUUAGAACAGGUAUACAAAAUAGAGAGCAAUCAGGAGAAAAAAAUCACAAUAUCAAGCAGUAUGAAUCAGCUCUAAAAUGUCUAGAAGAAAAGAUAUUACUUGUAAUACAGAAGAAAUACAAAGCUCAUACUGAGAAAGAUGUGCCGCGCCUCAAUGAGAAACCGAACGAGGAAAAUGAUAACAACAUAGAAAAAGAAGCAGAAGAAAAAUUAAUGGUGAAACUUGUUGAAUUGCUUGAACAGGAUAUAACCGAACUGGAGCUGUCUAACAUAUACAAUUUAUUUUUACAAUCAGCAGACUAUUGUACCAGGUCGCUCGUAAAAUAUUUACCUCUACUGGAACAAUAUAUCUUGCUCGUGCAGUUUUAUUUAAACGAGCAGGUGGCAUCAUUCCGUAUCACGUGUAAAAUGCUGUACCUGCAAUUAAACGUAUUCUUAGAUCUGGCUGCAAAUGGGUUCUGCGUGCCAAAGGAUUUAGAUCUCGAGGAAAACGAUUCAAACGAGUCAGGCGAGAUGACAGAGAAAGGCGGAAUGGGUUUAGCUGAUGGCGAAGGAACGAGAGACGUUUCCGAUAGAAUAGAAUCCGAGGAUCAGCUUGAGGAUGCAAGACCCGCGGAUCAAGAACGGGAGAAACAAGACGAUAAGAAUUGUAAGGAAGAGGAGAAGGGAAUCGACAUGUCUGAGGAUUUCGACAGUCAGCUUCAAGAUAUGGAGAAGAACGAUAGUGAUGAAGAACAGAGCGACGAUGACGAAGAAAACGAUUUGGAUAAAGAAAUGGGACAGACGGGAGAAGGCGCUGAGCAGCUUGAUAAAGAAAUCUGGGGCGACGAUCAGGAAGAAUCCGAAGAGGACAACGAACAGCCGGAAAACGAGGAUGAAGAGGAAGGCACGGGCGAACAAAUCGGUGAGAAGGAAAUGGGCGCGAGGGAUGACAGAGAUAACAGAAAACAGGAAGACGAUGACGACACAGAUGAAAAUCGACAAGUGGAAAAUAAAAAGGAGAUAAACGAGCUGAAUGAACCAGAAGUAGAUGAGGAUCAAAUUAAUCCUUAUCACGGCAAGUUCCAGCCUCAACCGGAACCCGAACCGCUUGAUUUACCGGAAGACUUGAAUCUGGAUGAGGACGGUAAGGAAGACAAGGGGGGCGAGGACGAGAAUCCCUUCGACAUCGACGAGAUGAAGAAGCCGCCGCCAGAGAAGCAGGAUGUAGAACUCGGGAAAGAAUCUGAGGAGACUAAAGAAAAUGAUUCUGGGGAGAACUCCAGCGAAGACGAGAACGAGAAUAACGAUAAUACGGAUAAAGAAAACAAAGCGGAAAGAACAGAGGAAGAGCUCGAAACUGAUAAGGAAACUGAAGAGAAAAGUGGAGAGAAUGCGGGAGCCGAGAACAAAGACGAGGAGCAGAAUCGAGAUGAAGAAGCGGAGGAAGACAAAUUACAAGAGAAGGCAGCGCCGAGUGCAGAUGAUGCGAGCAAGCAAAUGGAUGCUGCGCAACAAAUUGAGGAAACGAUGGAAGGUUCACGGGACACGGUGGCGCAACAACCAGACACGAAGGAUCAACAGGAGGAAACUUCAGCCGAAAAUACUCAAGAGGAUAAUAAUGAUAAAGGCACAGGCCAGUCGCAAUCGGCACAACAAGAAAGCGGGCAUUCAGGAUCAUCUAAGCAGGAAACUGUUCCGGCACCGCAGACCAACGCUAUGACGAAACCAGUCGAGAAGAGGAAGAACCCGGGCGAGAGCAACGAGGAUCGCAGUCUGUUGGAUAGAUUUGAGCCGACGCUGAAGAAAUUGAAGACGAUCUACUCGCAGGACGAGAUAUCGAAAGAUGAGAAGGAGGACGAUGCGAGCAAUGCUGAUGGCGACAAAGCCGAGAUGGCUCAACACAUCAAGGAAUCUGAAAGAUUUGACGAUUGCACGCUCGACGCCGCGACGGAAGAUCAGGUCAGACAACAAGCUUCGAAUACGGAUAAAGAUGAGAAUGAAGAGGAGAAAAAAGAUGACACUAUGGACGUAGAGAUGCACGAGGAUAAAGAGAACGACGUGGCGGAUGAUAAAAUAAAUGAGCAGAAAUCCGAAAAGAUCUCCGAGAUUACAGAUAACAAAGGCAAAAAGGAUUCUGAUGGUAAAAGAAACAACGUGGACGACAAUCAGACGGAGACAAUGGUCGAAUUGGAAGGCGAAACAGCAGAAACUAUGAAAGUGCAGAGAGGAACUGAAUCUACAUUUCACACGAUGGAAUGGAGCGUGGAAGAGAGUGAUCUUGCCUCUGGUUACGCGGAAAGAAAGCGAUUCGAGGUGGAAAAGAUGUUGGGCGAAUGGACGCAAAUGCCUUCGACGGAGGAAGCCACAGCCGCAUGGAAUCGUCUAUGUUCGGUCACGGAUGCAGCCGCUAGGGAUUUGUCCGAAAAAUUAAGAUUGGUGUUGGAGCCCACGCAAGCGUCGAGAUUGAAGGGCGAUUAUAAGACGGGCAAACGCAUCAAUAUGCGAAAAAUCAUCCCUUAUAUAGCCAGUCAAUUUCGCAAAGAUAAAAUCUGGCUCAGGCGCACGAAACCGUCGAAACGUGACUAUCAGAUCGUCCUCGCAUUAGACGAUUCCAGCAGCAUGGCAGAUAAUCAUUCUAAGGAAUUGGCCUUCGAGUCUUUGUCACUGAUUAGUAAGGCAAUGACGUAUCUGGAAGUAGGACAACUUAGUGUCAUAAGUUUCGGGGAGCAGGUGAAAGUGUUGCAUCCUUUAGGAGAACCUUUCACAGAACAAAGUGGAUCCAGGCUAAUACAAGAAAUGAGGUUUGAUCAAAAAAAGACAAUGAUUGGGCAAUUAGUCGAUUUUACGGUGGACAUGCUCGAGGAUCAGCGUACUUCAUCCGACAAUGCUAAACUGUUGGUAGUACUAUCGGAUGGUAGAGGGAUAUUUUCAGAAGGAAAAGAAAAAGUGAAUUAUGCUGUCAGGAGAGCUAGACUUGUAGAUAUCUUCCUAGUGUUCAUAAUAGUCGACAAUCCAAUUAACAAGGAUUCAAUAUUAGACAUCCGUAUGCCUGUGUUCGAAGGAGGAAAAUUGUUAGGAAUUCGAUCAUAUAUGGAUAAUUUCCCAUUUCCAUUUUAUAUGAUUCUUAAAGACAUAAACACAUUACCGGGAGUUCUGAGCGAUGCCUUACGUCAAUGGUUUGAAGUAGUUGGAAAAAUUGAUACUUAGACUGAUAAAUGUAAUUUAAACAUUCAAACUUUUAAAUUUGAAGCUGUAUAAAUAGUGGAGGCAAAUUAGGUUUUUAUCUCAAAACCGGUUCCGAGAUAACGCACUGUUUUGGUCUAAUUUGCCUCCACUAAAAUAAUAAAACAUAGUGUAUGAAUAUAUAUUAUAUAUAUUCCUUAUUUAAUAAGUACCUAAUA